AUGACGGCGGAGUCGCUUAAACCGUUCCUCAAUCUACCGAACGCCACGGCAGCGGAUCUGAAAGCGCACUGUGAACAGAAGUCCAAUGCAAAGCGUUGUCUAGUGGUGCUGGGAUGCAUUCUUAUUGUUGCAGUCUGUGGCACAUUGAUCGGAGUACAGAUUUGGCAUUUGGGCCAAACAGCUGCCCUGCAGCGAGAAGUCGACGACCUCAAGCUUCAACUGCAACAGUACAAUCGAGCUGGCGAAUUCAACGACUACGAGUUCGAUAAUGAACUGUUCGCUCAUCCGGACGAGUACGAUGCCGGAUAUGAGCCGGAUCUAGACCUCGACCUUCCCGGCGAGCGGGAAGCAAGCGAGCUGCUCGAAAGUGGCCUCGCCAGCAGCGGUAUGCUCGACGAGGACGACGACGACGAAGGGGCAGCCGGAAGGGAUUACACACGCACCGGAGACGAGCAGGGUCGCAGCGAGGACGACGAAGACACCAACGGCGACGACGAAGAGUACGACGGGGACGACGGUACCCUUUACGAAGCCGAGGACAUCAGCGUGACGGCGGUGGAGGCAGGAGGAAAACGUCGCGCCCGGUCCAUUUCCGGCGUCACCCGGCAGGGGGUGCCGAUUGUGGACGAACCGUACGUUCCGAGGCGUAACCGGACGCGCCAACCGCACCGAAUCUUCGAGCAGCUGCGCCAUCGACCGGUAGAGGUGGUCACUCCACCGACCUCGGGUGACAUGUUUCGCUGGGACGAGGAGAGCAGAUCAACACAAGCAGCACAGCGAACGGCAAGUUCCCAGCAGCAGGAGUACGGAUCCAUCAGCAUUAGGCCUUUCCCGCAGGGAUCGCAUCAUCGCCGGCAUCAUUACGACUCCAGCACACCGGUCCCAGCAUACUCUUCUCCCGCCAGUCCACUUUAUUAUCCUUACAACGAGCUAAACACUGGCAAUCCGACAAAGGCCCCGGCACAGAUCAUCAACCGAAUGAGCCGCGUGCAGAGUACGAACGGCGAAAGCAGGCGAGAAAAGUCGCAACAGCAAACGAGAUUUCCCAAGGUGAUCAGCAAUCCUGGCACACACAAGGAGCUAGUGCGUUCACCGGAAACUCGUGUGCGGAUGCGGUACCGUAAGGCCGGCGGACAGCAGCACGCCUCGGAACCGCUGGCCAAAGGUGUCCACUUCGUCAAGCAGUACCUGUCCGGGAUGCGUCACCAAAACAAACGCCACACGCACUGGACCUCGAAGGACAACGCGAACCGGCACGCGAUUGAGUCGAACACGUUCCGCUUCGAGAACGACGAUCUGAUCGUGCAGGAACCGGGACUGUACUACAUCUACGCGCAGAUAACGUACAGCAACGAGUUCGAAACGAACGGCUUCAGGGUGCUGGUCCAAAACCAGGUCCACCUAUCCUGCACCGUGCACUCGAAGGGCGAAAACACCAACACCUGCUUCACGGCCGGCCUGGUGAAGGUGGAGUCCGCCGGAACCCGCAUCCACGUUGAGGAUGUCGACCCGCACCGGCAGCACGUCAUGUACCCGGACAAGACGUUCUUCGGUGCGUUCAAGGUGGGUCGGCUGGCACCGCUGACGACUCAGCAGCAGCAGCACCAAGCGUAAACCCCCAGCACAUAUAUACACUCGAAGCUGUAUUGCAUCGUACCUGUAGAAGUAGACGAUGGUUGCCGGCCGGACCAGUAAUCGGUUGCCGUGUUUAUCUCAUCCUUUGCGACGACCGUCGGCCGGUCGGCCGGUGACGAAUAAGUGUAUUUAUUUCUCUCUUACUAAAACUCCCUAAACGUUAAGUUGAGCAACGUGUUUAAUAACCAGUUUGUAGCUUGAAGUCGUACUGCAGUCGUCUUUGGAAAAGGAAAAGCGGCAAUGGACAGUGAUGCGAUAACACAGGCAUAGAAAAAGAGAACGCGAGAGUUGGCAGGACGAAGGAACGAAAAACCACAACAUCAAUUUCACAUCUAAUUGUUUGCACGGUCAAAGAAAACGGAAGCGCAACUGGCACGGAACGCAAACGGUUUGUGAUAUUUUUAUAGUAAAACGUGCUCCUUCUUUGCCGCAAAAAGGAACGGGCGUUUGGAGGUGGAAUUAAAGCGACGUGAAAGAGCAUACUAAGCACGGAACGAGAAAAGGCGUAACGAUCGAUCGGCCGAAAGCUCUGUAACUCGAUCGGCCCCUGCAUUGCGAUUGCUAAAAGUUGUUUGUACGAAUGGCAAGUUUUCAAAAUAAAGAUGUACCAUUUGAGGACGCCG